UUGACUAAAGAUGUGUGUGUGGCUGCAUGUGUGUGGAGAAGGAGAAAUAACCACCCCUCUCAACACUUAAAGAGCCAUACUGCCAGGAUUCUUAGGAGGGCUCUUAACUUGAUCACGGAUCUUUGCAAGACCAACGCAUGGGCAGCAGCAACUUAUAUUGUUUGUUCUGGAUGGAUUUAAAUGCGCAGCAUUGGAGUUAGAAUCGAUCUCUGCUUCUGACUUGUGUUAUGUGGUCCCCACCACAAAGAAAAGCAGAAGCAGAAACCAAGCAGACAAGGAAAACAUCUGGAUGGAAGAGCAACCAGAAGAGAAGAGAAGACCAGAAGAAAACGGGAUAAAAGAAACAGCUGAGGGACAUUUUAGAUAAAGAAGCAGAGGAAUGUCUGAUAUUUGCGCUGUCUAAAGAGCACACGCCACAUUUCCUCUCCACCAAUUUAAGAUGGGACGUUUGCUGGGUCUGACGCUGGCCUACCUGGCCCACCUGAUAGCUUGCGCCUUGGGCUCGGAGCGGCAGCAGCACCAGGUGCAGCACGGCCCCUGCAGCUACACCUUCAUCCUCCCUGAGGUGGAACAUUGCCGGCCCCAGAAACACUUUGAGGUCUCGAACACGCUCCAGGGGGACUCCCCAGCCCAGGUCAAAUCUGACGUGAGUCAAACCACUCUCGGCAGGACCCAAAAGGAGAGGUCCACUUGGCUGGAAAUUAAGCUGGAGAGUCUGGAGAGUGCCACAGAGAAUAAUACACUGUGGCUGCAGAAGCUGGAAAACUUCAUCCAGGAGAAUGUUCGCUCUGGCAUGGAGGAAAUAAAGCGAACCGCAGUUCACAACCAGACGGCCGCCAUGCUGGAGAUGGGAAGCAACAUCCUCAGUCAGUCAGCAGAGCAGACUCGCAAACUGACCCAUGUUGAAACUCAGGUAUUAAACCAGACGAGUCGCCUGGAGAUCCAGCUGCUGGAGUACUCGCUUUUUACCAACCGUCUGGAGAAGCACAUACUCCUGCAGACUCAGGAGAUCUCACAUCUCAGUGACAAAAACAGUUUUCUCGAACAGAGGCUCUUGGCGCUGGAGGCUCGUUAUGGGAUGGAGCUGCAGGGCUUGCAGAGAGAAAAGCAGCAGUUGCGCGAACUGAUGCAAAGGCAGAGUCGACUGGUCGGCCAGCUCCAGGGCGAACUGGGCAGCGCAACUUUCAACAACACGUUGCUGCAAAGACAGCAAGCUCAGCUCGCGGACACAGUUGAGCAGCUCCUAGCUUUGGUCAACCACUGUAAUGAAAUCUCCCAUCUGCCCAAACAGGAACCACCUAUUUUCAGGGACUGUGCCGAGAUUUUGCAUUCUGGACAAACAGCGAGCGGGAUAUACAGCAUACGCCUCACCAAUUCCACCCACUCUGUCAAGGUUUUCUGUGAUAUGGAGACCAGAGGAGGAGGGUGGACUGUGUUCCAGCAUCGCAGAAAUGGCUCCAUUGAUUUCCAUCGUGGAUGGAAGGACUAUAAAUUGGGAUUUGGAGAGCCUUCUGCGGAACAUUGGCUGGGAAAUGACAUCAUUCAUCAGCUGACAAGAUCCGGGGAAUAUAGCCUACAUGUCCAGUUGAAGGACAGAGACGGGAAUGAGGCCUACUCGCACUAUAAACACUUCUACAUAAACGGGGAGGACCGCAACUACAGCCUUCAUGUUGAGGGCUUCAGUGGCACAGCUGGACGGACGAACAGCAUGGCCCACAGCGGGACCCAGUUCAGCACCAAGGACAGAGACAACGACCGCUGCACCUGCAAGUGCGCUCAGCUCGCGUCUGGAGGUUGGUGGUUUGAGGCUUGCGGACCAUCCAACCUGAAUGGUGUGUAUUACCCAAGCUCAUCCACCGUGGUUCGCUACAACGGCAUUAAGUGGUACUAUUGGAAAGGACCAAAUAUGAUGGCUACCAUGGCAACCAUGAUGGUGCGCCCUGCAAACUUCUAAUGACUGUUUAUUUUAGGUCAAACCUUCGUCAUUUAUCAUGGACACCGCAGUAUUAGAGAGUGAGAUCAGAACUGGAGUCAGUGAGUCUGGAAAUCUGAAAAGAGUGGAAUUUAGCCAUUGCCAGUAAUUGAUGGAGUAAUCGCCAAGAGAUGCCACAAGCCUCAAAUAUACAGUUCAUGCACAGUAGUUCCUCGGCACCAAGAUGCACGCAAAAUGCUACUUUUGUCUAUAUGGAGCUCCUCAACUCUGCCACAAGAUAGGGCCUGAGCAAAAAUCAGAGCAUUGUGGAUUGUUUUCACUGACUAACAGAGGAUGGAUUCCCUCCAAAAUUUUAGAAUACGACAGGAAGCGAUAGAAUAUGUGGUGUGUGUCAAAAAAGACUCAGCAAAGCAAAGGGUUGACCUUCCAAAUACGGACCUGAAGACAUAAAAUAGUAUGUCAUUGAGGGCCAUUCAACACAGAGGGAGGUAGUUACAGACUUGUUGUUGGCUUUGUUUGAUGUUCAAAAAUAUAUGGAUUUUUACUAAGAUGAUCAAACCUAAUUUUACAUUUUAAAGUAAGACAUUUGGUUGGGGAGCCAUGGUUCAGACUUAAGCUUUUACAUUUCUCACAUUGGAGAUAUACCUUUUUUUAAAAAUAUUUUUAUAGUUUAACAUUUUACAACAUGACAACAUGCUCUUACUUAAAAAUAAUUGUACCGUGACUAAAACAAGGACGGCCGUAAUAAACAACUUUGCCCUUCUAAAGGGUUUUACAGAGUGAAACAUUCAAGUUCCUUCCUGUCCUGGCUCUCAUGAAAUAUUCAUUUCUGAGUGAUUUCGCUCAUAAAAGCACAUUAAACAUCCUUCCCAGUGUGAUUUAUUCUAGAAAUAAAACAUUUGUUUUAACAUCUUGGGGCAGUUAAAAAGAAUAUAGCAUGUGUAUUUUCUGUUGUGAGGACAGCCUCAGACAGCUGAUGGGAUAAAUUAUCCAGCAGCACUGUUCCCAGCAGUUCCUAUUAGAGUGCAAAUGUUUUUCACCUGUAUCAGCUGUGCACAUUGAGCGUGGACACAGAGGAGGAUAAGGUCUGGUCACGUUGACACUGAAUGCUCAUUGUUUCACAUGCACCACUGUGCUUCUCCGAGUGACAUAUGGCAAUUUAGUGCAGUCGGUUUAAUGAACUGGGCUAACCAUACCUUUAUUUUAGUCAGUACUUGUGGAUAGUUUCCACAGGGAAGAAACAUAUAUUUGCUGAUAAUGUAAAAAUAUGCUCUGACCAGCGAAUUCCUCUGUUCUCUGCAAAUUGCCUUUCUUUGUGAGGCUUCACUGGACCUGUGAAGCACUCAACCAGGCUUAACUGCUGUUGAUUUACUACUCUAUUAGGAAAGAUGCAGGACAUGCUCAACACAGUCGAAUUGCUCUGAAGAAUGUAGCGCUAUUAAAUCGCUUGAGCACCGUCUUAAAGUGCUAUAUGGAUGUAAAUAUCUGAUGAAAUCCCAUUCUAAUCUGUAUAGAGAAAUGGAUGAUGCGCAUAUCAUCACAAGUGGAUGUUGUGGUAGAACUGAUUGUGACAACACACACACACUGAUUCACAGUGUUUAGAUCAACCUAUUGCUUUGUUAGUUUAUUAGAGCCUCUGAGGACUGGACAGGCUAUACAUCACAAUGGGGCGAAGCUGGGAAUGAAUCCAUCAAAGUGACUUUAAUAAAGUCUAGAUUUGGCCGACUGGCUCAACAGAUGAAAUGGCUGUGUUCAGGUCCAGUGAAGAAGACCAAACUCCCAACUUCUCUCCAAUCCCAGUUUAUUAGACAAGUUUAUUUGAAGGAGAGGCCGAAGUACAGCAAGAUGUGAGUUGCAAUGUGAAGCAAUCUUUUCCAAUCCACGAUUAAUAUCUCCAAAUGUUCAAGAAAUUCUCCCAUCUUGGUCUUAUAAUACACAAAUUGGAAAAAGUGAGGACUACUGGACUUCGAGGAGAAAUUUCAGGAUGGACUUUAAUUGCACUUUAACCUUUACAGAUGAACUUAAUUUACAUUAAUACAUUUCCUGGGUCAAUUAGAGUUGUUUUUUAAAAAGUCCUUUUCCUUACGUUUUCAUUUUGAACUGAUGAGAUCAAGAUGACACUUAACAAUGGAUCUACUGUGCUUCGCCACUGCUAGGCUUCAAACAGGUUGUUCUCAGGGGGAAAUAGCCACUAAGCUUGAAGUGACCCAGAGUGUCGUCAGCAGGUUGCAAUUGAGAUACGGAGAGACUAAAAGAGUCACAGAAAGGCGUAUAAGUCAACGGCCUUGGGAAUUUUAAUGGACCAACAGCAGCACCAGCAAGUUUUAAUCACCUGAAAAAAAGUUAAGCAUGUUAUGUUCUAACUUGGUUAUUCUCCAGUAAGCUAAACACAAAAAACAAUGAAGAUAUAGUUAUUGUUCCAUACGUUUUUGCAACCAGUGUGUAACCAGUUGACAAAAAUUUCAU